GGGAGAACGAGCACCUCCUCUCCUCUUUACCUCCAUCUGAGAUCCAGAACUGAAGAGAAUUCUUCCUUUCUUACACUCCGAGAGCAAACUAACAGCUGGCUGGUCGCAGUUCGGCUUGACUUGAACUUUCUUUUUAGCUGUGAACACCCAAAAGUCAAGUUCUUGGUGGAGACAUUUCCACUAGUACUUAGUUAUUAAAAUACUAAUACCACAAAGUACUUCUUUUUUAAAGAAUAGUGAUAAAAUAAGAGGCCAUGUUUGGUGCUUGGCUGGUGCUGUGGUGCUGUGCUGUGCUUGCUACGGGGCGUAGGAUAGGUAGGGACGUGAGUAAGAAGGAGUACCAGAUCCAGAACGGCCCCUGCUCCUACACAUUCCUCUUGCCGGAGCAGGACAGCUGUCCAGAACCAGCCGGCACCUUCCAGAGGGACGACCCGGCCGAACACAGCGAGUCCGUGCAGAGGCUGGAGCAGCUGGAGACCGGCAUGGAGAACAACACCCAGUGGCUCCUCAAGCUGGAGAGCAUCCAGGAGGAGGUGAAGAACGAGAUGGCGCUGAUCCAUCAGAGCGCCGUACGCAACCACACGGCGGCCAUGAUUGAGAUCGGGAGCAGUCUGCUGAGUCAGACCCAUAAGCUGACCAGCGUGGAGAUUCAGGUUAUAAAUCAAACAACUCGACUUGAGCUUCAGCUUCAUGAAAAUUCUGUGUUUACGAACAAACUGGAAAAACAGAUUCUUCUCCAAACAAACGAAAUAGAUAAACUCAGCCAAAAGAACAGUUUCCUGGAGAAGCGUGUUGAGGAGAUGGAGGAGAACCGGCAGGCGGAGCUGAAGUUGCUGAAGGAGGAGAGGACACAGCUGCAGGAGCUGGUGCUCAGACAGACGGGCGUCAUCAAGGAGCUGGAGCAACGGCUCACCUCUGCCUCCUCCAACAACUCCGCCCUGCAGCGCCAGCAACACCACCUGCUGGAGACGGUCAACAGCCUCAUCUCCACCAUCACCGUGCCCACACUGAAAGCGUCUGCCAUGGUACAGGACGCACCAGCGGCGUUCCCUGACUGCGCUGCGGCCUUUAAGGCAGGGAGGACGCAGAGCGGUGUCUACUCACUGACCUCUCCCAACAGCACAGAUCAUACAGAGGUUUACUGUGACAUGGAGACUCAAGGAGGCGGGUGGACAGUAUUUCAGAAACGUUUCAAUGGAGACGUCGACUUUCACCGCACCUGGGAUGAGUACAAAAAGGGUUUCGGGGACCCUACUGGUGAACACUGGCUUGGGAAUGAGUUUGUUUCUCAGCUGACGAGGCAGAGGCCGUACGUCCUGAGAAUCGAGCUGCAGGACUGGGACGGGAACAGCGGCUUCUCGCAGUACGAGACCUUCUCCCUCAGCAGCGAGGCGGACAAUUACAGGAUACAGCUUACAGGCUACAGUGGAACAGCAGGGAAAAUCAGCAGCCUUGGACAACCCGGAAGCGGCUUCAGCACAAAAGACGCAGACAAUGACAAAUGCGUUUGCAAAUGUUCGCAACUUAUAACCGGAGGCUGGUGGUUUGAAGCCUGUGGUCCGUCUAACUUGAAUGGAAUAUAUUACCAAAUAGGCCUGAACACAAACCGGUUUAACGGAAUAAAGUGGUACUACUGGAAAGGUUCCGGAUACUCGCUAAAAUCCACACAGAUGAUGAUGCGACCAGCGGACUUCUGAAGUCACCGGGGGGCACCAAAGACGACCUUCUGACUCCAAAGCUUCCAGAUUUAAAAUGGUCACCGUUUCAAGGAGCAAGAGAGGAAGAGAAGGCCUGUCUGUGAUGUUCAUGGAGCUGGUGAAACCAGAAGAUGAGCUUCACAGACUCCAUCAGCCACCCGAGAGACUGCACAAAUUACAAUCUAAAUAUUCUUAUAUUUAUUGAAAGAUGGAACGUUUUUAAUAGAAUAUAUGCUGAUAAAUGAUCCAUAGGAUAGUGCCUUUCUAGAAACCUUCAGUGUAUAUAAUCCAUUGACUUAAGACACUUAAAGGAUAGCCUCAGUUGCAUUUUUCUUUCAUUUUAUUUUUAUUUUAUUUUAAUUUUUUUACUAAAUCAAGCUUAUAAAGCUUCUCUAGAGUCAAUUCAUGUUUUAUUCUGUAAAUUAUAUGUCUGGCCUUAAAAGGUAAAGGAAAUUUUUGUACAUAUUUAGAAUGUUGUGUUGGUAUUUACGAUUGACAAUAUAUUCACAAGCACUUUGCAUUUCUUCAUGGAUUGCUCUUGAAGAAAUCCUUCAAGCAUUUUAAGGACUGAAUGCAGGCCAUUAAUAUGGUUUUUAUGUUUUUAGGCCAAAGCUUUUCACUUUGAGUCAGUUAAACUGAACUGUUUGUCUUGUCAGUGAUUCAUUACAUAAAAUUACAAUGUACAGUUUAGCCCUUUGGUCAAGGCCGUUUACUAAGGGUUUACUAAGGGCAACAUCGGUGUCCAGCAACAGGCACACUUUGUAUUUGUUUGCAUGAAAGUUUCUCAGUGUAGUUGGAGCAAUCAUAGUCCCCUGAAAUGGCAUCAGCACAAAGAUUUGCUCAUUUGUGCCAAGAAGCUCCUGAAUUUUUCCUUGAGUAGUGUAAUUAGUCACUUCCAUUGCCAUUGCUUACCACUGAUCAGUGUCUACAGUGGAGACUUUUCUUUUCAUUUUUAUGAAGAAUGCCAAUAAUUCUGGAGCCCACUGUAUGUCUGUGUUGUUGUCUCAUAUUUGGCUAUGAAGGAUCUCAAACUCCAAUACAAAUUCUGGCUAUUUAUUAAUGAAACUCUGUGAAUAAACAUUUUUCAAAGUCA